AUGGAGGCGGAGCAUAAGCUUCCUUCCCGCGGCUUCAGCACACGGUUGAUCAGGCAGAGUCAUCGGUUCAACGCGGCUGACUGGAGGAACGCGGAGAGCGGACUUCGAGGGGUGGAAGCGGUUGACGGGGCGGACCCUGAGGGUUGGGCGCCUGUCGCUGGCCAGACCCCGAGGGUUGGGCGCUGUUCAUUGGAUGCGAUAACAGCAGCGCCUGCUCUUCAGGACACGUGCAUCUGGCGCACGUUGUGCAGUGUGUGCAGGGGCGUGAGGCGGGAAACACAGUUGAGACCGCUAGGCCUCACCAUGCCGGUCAUGGAGAAGAUGCGGAAGAUGAUGAAGCGGGCCCGGUGGGAGAUAAGCGGGAAAGGGAAGGUGGCCAAUCUGCUGGCUCAGGCUGCCAAGAAGGUGCUGCCGCAGAAGGCCAAGAGUGAACUUCCCUACUGGUGCUUCUUCAAGAAGCUGCAGAAGAUCUGCAGCAAGUUAGGGUGCAGGAACUCCCCUGCCAAGGCUGCCGGACCCCAGUGCGGCCCCGAGGAGGAGCAGCAGGUCAAGCAGAGUAACAGCGAUGCCCAGGUGGGCCCAAGGGACGGGAUCCCUUUGCCCCAGAAGGUGCUCUUCCCCAUGGAGCGCCUAUCCAUGGAGUGGCAGCGGGUGCUCCCAAUUGGCGUGGGACUGCGUAACCUCGGGAACACUUUCCUUAACUCCACUGUGCAGUGCCUGACGUACACCCCGCCGCUCCCCAACUACCUGCUUUCCAAGGAGCACCGCUGCACCUGUGACCAAGGCAGCUUCUGCAUGAUAUGCAUCAUGCAGAACCACGUGGCUCAGGCUUUUGAGAACAGUGGGAGCGUGAUAGAGCCAACAGCCUUUCUCCGAGACCUCAAGGAGAUCACUGGGCACAUGCGCUUUGUACAGCUGGAGGAUGUGCAUGAAUUCCUGCGUUAUACCAUCAACGCUAUGCAGAAGUCCUGCCUGAGUGGCUGCAAAAGGUUGGAUUGCAAGACCCAGGCAACAACACUGGUCCACCAGAUCUUUGGUGGCUACCUGCGAUCCCACGGUGAGUGCUCGUGUUUGGCGUGCAAGAGAGUCUCGGACACGUAUGUCCCUUUCCUGGACCUGACACUGGAGAUAUGGCAAGCCAGAGACCUACGGGAGGUGCUGGAGCUGUUUGUGAAGCCGGACCUACUGGGUGUGGAGAACUCCUACCUGUGCGCAGGGUGUGUGCGGGGCUGUGGGCAGGAACCGAGCUGCUGA